AAACGUGAAGUGGAAUACACUUGUAAUGAGUGUGAGUAUGUUGCAACUGAAGCAGGCAAUCUAAAAUACCACAUCAAAAGUAAACAUGAAGGAGUGAGAUAUCCAUGUUCUCAAUGUAAAUAUUCUGCAACUAAGCCAAAUGCUCUGAAGAAACAUGUUGAAAGUAAACAUGAAGGAGUGAGAUAUCCAUGCUCUCAAUGUGAGCAUGCUGCAACUUCAGCCAGUAACCUGAAGAAACAUGUUAAAGGUAAACAUGAAGGAGUGAGAUAUCCGUGUUCUAAAUGUGAGUACGCUUCAACUAGGGCAUAUAAUUUGAAGAAACAUGUUGAAACUGAACAUGAAGGAUUGAGAUAUCCAUGUUCUCAAUGUAAAUAUGCUGCAACUACAUCAAUGGUCUUGAAGAAACAUGUUGAAAAUAAACAUGAAGGAGUGAGAUAUCCUUGCACUCAAUGUGAGUAUGCUGCAACUCAAGCAGGUGCCCUGAAGAAACAUGUUGAAAGUAAACAUGAAGGUGUGAGAUAUCCUUGUUUGCAUUGUGAAUUUGCAGCAACUACAGCAAAUUAUCUGAAGAAACAUGUUGAAUAUAAGCAUGAAGGAGUUAGAUAUCCUUGUUUGCAUUGUGAAUUUGCUGCAACUACAGCAAGUAACCUGAAGAUGCAUGUUGAAAGAAAUCAUGAAGGAGUGAGAUAUCCAUGCUCUCAAUGUGAUUAUGCUGCAACUAUAUCGAGUGACUUGAAGAAACAUGUUGAAAGUAAACAUGAAGGAGUGAGAUAUCCUUGUCUUGAAUGUAAGUUUACUGCAUCUUAAGGAAUCAUAAGGAAUUGAAAUCUGCAAGAGACCCCAUUGUGGGCCCCCCAGACCGCCCAGAAAGCAGGGUGCAAGUUACCUAAAGAAACAUGUAAAAAAUAAACAUAAAUGAGUGAGAUAUCCUUGUGUAUGUUUUACAUAUCUGAGGAGACUGAUCAUAAAUACAAUACUCAUUUAUCCCGCUUUAAAAAAUUAAGUAGUUAACAAAGUAUUUUUAUUGUAUAUUUUUUUAUUAAAAGUUUUGUUGAAUUUUUUUUCUUUCUCACUUUUUUGAUUUGAACAGCUAGAUAUUUAGCCAAAUAUAGCAAGAAAAAAUAUUUCCAAUAUAACUUGAACCUGUGACAAGAGCUUGUUUUUCUUAUUUUGAAAGUUUUGUUCAAAAUUUAACCAGCGGAAUUAAUAAAAGCAGAACAUGCUGACAUGUUUGUAUUUCAUUUUGUA